AUGGAACCACUCAGUAACCAAAGCUUCCUCCACCCCAUGGUCCACCUUGCUGGCAUCCCAGGAGUGUUGGCCAGAAAUAUUGGUGUCUCCAUCUCUUUCUGCUUCAUCUAUGUUGCUGCUCUUUUGGGGAAUAGCGUUGUUCUCCUAGUGAUCAUGAAGGAUCGGAGCCUCCACAAGCCCAUGUACCUCUUCCUCUGCAUGCUGGCUGUGAGUGAGCUGGGGGUCUCCCUCUCUACCCUCCCCACGGUGCUGAGCGUCUUCCUGUUUGAUGCCAGGGAGAUUGGGCUGGAUGCGUGCCUCAGCCAGAUGUUCUUCAUCCACUGCUUCUCCAUCAUGGAUUCAGGGGUCCUCUGGGCGAUGGCCCUGGACCGCUUCAUGGCCAUUUACAACCCUCUGCAAUACAACACCAUUCUGACAAACUUUAGGAUCAUGUGGAUAGGAUUAGGGAUUGCCAUGAGAAGUGGUCUCCUGAUGGCCCCACUGCCUGUUCUGCUAAGGAGGCUGCCAUUCUGCAGGUCCAAUGUGCUCGCUCACCCUUACUGCAUGCACCCCGAUUUAAUCCGGCUUCCAUGCGCAGACACAACAGUCAACAGCCAAACUGGCCUGUUUUGUGUCGUUUCCACAUUUGGGUUUGAUUCCUUGUGUAUCCUCUUGUCCUAUGUGAUGAUUCUCAAGACCGUGCUGAACAUAACCUCCCAGAAAGGGCAUCUGAAAGCCUUGAACACCUGCGUCUCCCACAUCUGUGCUGUCGUGCUCUAUUACACUCCCGUGAUUGGUUUGGCUAUUGCACACAGGUUUGGCAAGCACGAUUCUCCAAUGCUGCCCUCGGUUUUGGCCAACAUCUACCUCCUGGUUCCUCCGAUUCUGAACCCCAUCAUCUACAGCAUCAAAACCAAAGAUAUCCGCAAAGCCCUGGGCAGAUUUUUGUCUCUACGGAAGUUCUGA